AAUGAAUUAAAUCACUAACAGGAUCCCAAAAUUUGAAUUGUAAACAGCGCCAAAACCACGCUAUUCAUCGAUGUGAAGCGAAGAAGAAAUGUCGGCGAUGGAGAAGCACGUCGUGCAGAUCUUCGAGCGAAAGAAGCGAAUCAUCGACCAAUCACGACAACAGUGCCAUCUCUGGGAGCAACACCUUUUCCCCAAACUCCGCCUCAACGGAAUUCCCCCUCCGCCAUGGCUCUGCAACUCUUCCCGUCACGCAGAUCCACAAGGGUUAAGCAAAGAUGAUCUCGUUUCCGAAGUUCUAAUUUCGCAACCACAAUAUAGAGUUCCUUUCCCCAGUGUGUGCAGCAAUCUCGAUGCUGUGUCCUAUGGUGUUCAGUAUCCAAUUGGUUUGCAUAAUGAAGGUCGUGCUUUAGAAAAGGAGUGUAACACGGGAGAUGGGGUUUCGAAUUUUCCAGAUUGUCCUGUCAACUAUGCUGUAUGUGCCUCAAGUGGUCCUCCUGAAUUGGAUUCAGGUGCUGUAUCACCACCUCAGAAUCAGAUUGAAACAAGGGCCUCAGACAGUCACCACGACCCAGCUCCGUCUCUCGCAAAGUUGCAAAGGUCAAAGUCGAGGCAGAAGGCUCUGGAGCUACGUAAUAGUGCAAAAGCACCCAGACGAUUGUCAGGAGAAGAUGAUAAUGCCUGUGUCUGUGCUGGCACAGUUACAGGUUCUGCACCCUCAACUCAAGAGGCAGAACAUGCAAUGGAGUCGGAUGUGGUCAAAGAUUUUCAUUCCAACAUCCAAAGUUGUUCCAUGGAAGAAAUGGAAGCAUGUGUCUAUGUAACUAACUACUCUGGCCGGAUGACAAGAUCUAAAAGCUCAUCCCAGAAAUUCAACUCUUUGAAUGUUGCUAGUCCUUCUGUAGCGAAGGAAGAUGGCCCUCCGCCUAAUAAUUUGAAUGAGUCAUUCGAGAUAGUCAACCAACCUUGUUUUGCAAAUGCAAGUUGUGGCAUCAAUGAAGCAAAUAAAGGAGAGUAUCAGAGCAAGGAAGCUGGAAAAAGUGUGUAUGAUGAGAGAUUAACAGAAUCUAGAAGUUCUAGCCAGGCCAGAUGUAACCGUGAAUUGUUGAAGCUUGAUAGCACCUUGGGCAGUGGCAAAGGAGUUGACUUCUGUGAUCAUAGACAACCAAUUACACAUGCUCAACUAACAGAUUUAAGCAAAGCCUCUGAUUGUAACAAUGGAAGUGGUAGGAAUACAGUUAAAGAUGGCAAUUCCUGCCUCAGCAAACAAGAAAGUAACAUUCAUGGUAUGAUAAAGUUACUUAGAAGUUCCUGCCCGUCACCAGGUCAUGAUCUUAUGAUGACUGGUGGUUUUGUAAGGUCUAUUGACAAAUCAGUGCCUUUACCUCAACCUUCAAUUUCACAGAAUUCACAGGAUCUUGUGCUGUCUGUUGUUGGGACAUUCAAUAGUCAAAAGGAUCUGGACUUUUCUGCGCUAAAACCAAACGAUCGUUUGAGUAGAAGUGGUUCUGAAAAGAUUGAAAAAGUACUGAAGUCUUCCAGAUACAAUUUCUGUGAGCAGAGUGCUACCUGCUCUGAAUCUGCUGGUAAGAAGUCUUGGAAUGUACCGCCUACCAAACUGGAUGCUAGAAGGUUAUCCUCAAGUCCAAAGUAUUCCAAAUUAGAUACAGAAACUGGCAGGAAUUCUGCAGACAAGGAGAACGUUGCGGCACUAGCUGCUUCUGGAAAAAUGAGGGCUGUGGCUACUUCUGCAAAUGAAGGAUCAUUAAGGCCAGUGAGUUCUUCCAAUUUAUAUGGUGGGCCUUCAAAUUUAGAAUCAGUAUAUGUUGAAGCAGCGGUGGAUGAGAAAGUCUUGGAUGUUCAAGAAAAUAUACCGUAUGGUGCCCUUCCCACUGAUAAUGUUGAGCACAGAUCUGCUGCAAUUGUUGGCGAAGUUGAAGCUGACUUUGAUGGAUUAGUUGAAAAAGAUCCUUAUUGUGUUAUCCCUAAGGUUGGGCAGAAUGUAUCAGUCUUGAAGCCGCCCACUGAUUUUACCAUGUCUGUGAUGCCUAAGCAACUUGAUUUUGAUGAUGUAGAGGAGACAAGUAUGAGUGGAAUUUGUAGUCCUGAUUUGAAAGAGGGUCAACAGGGAGUGUCACCAGAAGAACCUCUGAACUCUUUGGAACCUGUAAAAUUACUUGAAGAGGAAACUUCUUCUGUAUGCCAAAGUAAGUGCAACUCCUUAGGGGAGAUGCCUUCGCUGCAAAUGCAGGAAGUACCGAUCAGAGAAGAGGAGCCUCGUAUGGAAUAUUGUGCAAGUCACUUAGAGGAGGAAGAUAUAGCUAGGGCAACACUAAGUGCCGCGCCACCAAACAAAGAGAUGCUUAUGGUUCAGAAUGGAUUCUGUAUUCUUACUUCUUCGUUGAUGAAUCAUUCUUGUCCUUCACAAGUUGCCCGUGAAAAUUCAUCAAGAAGUUUGUCAAAAGAAGUUAUGCCAACCAAAUUUGUUUCAGUAAACAGUACACUAGAAAAUGAUGAAAGUAGUGCUAAGUUGGCAGAUUCUUCUGAAGCAGUUACGGGAAAUGAUCUGCAUAAAUCCACAGAUGCAAAUGUUACAAAUUUCACUGUUGCGUUCCCAUUUUCUGCUCCCAUGGCUGAUGUGAAUGUUGGUUUGGCACGACAGGGUCCUAAUAGCAUUACCUUGUGUCAAGAUGGUGACGUGUUGCGGAAGACAUUGCUCAGCGAAGGAAAAAUUACCAGUUUUUCACCUGAUUUCCAGAUUUUCAGAAGUUCCACUAAAAGUUUCACUUAUGAUGUGGAACAUUCUUGUCCUCAGCAUAAAAGAAGGAAGAUUGAAAUUGAAACGGAGAGAUUUCGAGCCGCCUCUUCAAACCUCUUGGAAAAACCAUGUGAUUCUAUUGACCAAAGGCCCGCAAGUAGAAACUUGAGUAUUGAAGAAGACAGCCGGGAGGUUGCCCUAGAAGUUCAAAAUUUGCCAUCUGAUCCAGAGGAUGAUAUAGGACAUCAAUCUAUUAGUAACAUCCCAACAGAUGAAAUGCAAUACAACGGGGAAUGCCAAACAAUGGAAGACUCUUCACUUAAAGUGCGAAAAGAAGAGAAAUGUACUUUGGAUGGAAGAGACAGAAGUGAAGACACCCUUCUGUUGGCAGUGGCAAAUCCAUCAGGUUUUAGUAUUGACUCAACGAUGGGAUGCACCAUGGAUGAGAAGGUGGAGUCGUGGCAUCAUCAGGUCAGUUGUGGACAGGAAUGUGCAGAACAUCUGAGUUGUGUUGAAAAAAGCACCUCAAGUAGAAGAGUGUAUCCAGGAGGAAAUGCUAAAUUCUCAGAUGGAAUGUCUGCUUCUCCAGGAAUGCAAUGCUUGGAUUUGGUUGGUACAGAUGAGACUAUACCAGAGCUUGAAGGGUUCAUUAUGCAAGCAGAUAAUGCACAGCCAUGCAUUACUGGAGAUCAAAUGAAUUUGGAAGAGAUGGAUUUGGAAAAGAUGGAUUUGGAAGAGAUAGAUCUUCCAAGUAACUCAAUAGAUUAUACAUCCCUUGGUAAAUCUAGGUUCAUGCAUUCUUCAUUGUGCAAUACUUUAACCCCAUAUAAGAUUCAUAACGUACCAGAGCCCUAUCAGUCUUUACCUAAUGGACUUCUGAAGGGCUUAGGUAUAAGGACUUCCCUUCCUCUAAGCGAUGGAAGUCCAAGGUCCCUUUCUGAUUGCCAACCAAAUUGCAAGGGUCAGUACACUUCUUCAGUUCAAACUCUUUGGGAUCGAAUUAAUUCGAACCUGGGCAGUUCAGGAAAGCGUAAGAGUUUAAAACUAGACCUUCCCUGCAUUACUGAAGAAAAUGAAAAUGUGGACGAGAUUCCUGGUACAUUCCAAAGGGGCAUUGGUUCCGAAGAAAUGGCUGGUUCAAAUAUUAGAGAACCCCUAGCUGAGAUUGUAGAUAAUGCAAACCCCUCUCCAUCAGUUUUACAAGAUGAUAUAUUAACAGGUGGACGUAAAGAUAUUUUAAGCACAGAGUUUAACCUCAGUGGGACUUGCGAUAAGGUAAAAAAUAAGCUUGACAAGCAGGAUGGCAAUAGGAAAAGAUUCACAAGAAAGGGGAAGGAGAACCAUAAUAUUUCUCUUGGAGCGAAUGGUGUCAAGAGGACUGCUGGAUCAGUUUGCAAAAGGCCUAGUAGGCCGAAGUUAUCUGGAAAAGAUAGUAUGAAACAAGGCCCCAUUAACAAUAUUGUAUCCAACGUUUCUUCCUUUAUUCCAUUAGUUCAACAAAAACAAGCGGCUGCUGUUGUUACAGGCAAGAGAGAUGUCAAAGUGAAGGCCCUGGAGGCAGCUGAGGCUGCCAAGCGUAUGGCUGAAAAAAAAGAGAACGAGCGCAAGAUGAAGAAGGAGGUGUUGCGACUUGAGCGGGAAAGGUUGGAGCUGGAACUGCAGAAGAAAAAGAAAGAGGAAGAACGAAAGAAAAAAGAGGAACAAAUGGCAGCAAAGAAGCGGCAGAUGGAAGAUGAAGAAAAAAAGGAGAAAGAAAAAAAAAGGAAGCGAGUUAAUGACAAGAAGAAGCAGCAGCAAGACCAUAUGAAGAUACAGGCCAAGAAGGAAGAGAUAAAAAUACAACGCCGAGCUACGGAUGAAGUCCAAGAAAAUAAGAAAAUUAUAGAUGAAAGAGAAAAUCAUAAGAAUUUGUCGGUGCAAGACAAAAGAGAGUGCAAUAUGGAGAAAAUUUCUGAAACCGAACCGUUGGCCAUGGAAGAUUUGGCAAAUGACAAAAAAGAAUCGCAUCCUGAUUAUUCGGAAUCUGUGAAUGAUUGUGCUAAUAAUGGACAGGUAAUGGACAAUCUGAUUAAAGCCACUAAAGAUGAUGACUUGAUCAUAAAAGACUCACUUCAAGAGCAGUCAUACGAUAUCUCUCCAUAUAGAGGUUCAGAUGAUGAAGAUGAAGACGAGGAUGACCUUCCAAAUAAUAAGUUAAUCCCUUCAUGGGCAAGUAAGCAUAGCCUGUCUCUGAUUGUUUCUUCCCAGAAAAUGGACCCAGAAACGAUAUUUCCUCCGCAAAGUUUUUGUAAUAUAGCAGAAGUUCUCCUGCCUCGGAAGCUUCAGUUACAGUAGCAGAGCACAGUGAUUUUAGUAACACGGGAUUGUGUUAAAGAUUUUUAAGAGCUUCAUUUAGAAUGAAGAUGUAGCGGCCCAGAUGAUGAAAAUUAGAUCUUUUGAUGCACCCUCAAAUCUACUGCUUCUAAGGAUCCCCUUGGAAUUAUUUUGUAGUUUGUACAGUAUCAGAAAGUCACUGUAUAUAUAAGGCAUUUCCUCUAUUUCUUUUUUAGCCACUCUUAGAGUUUUAGUGUGAAGCUAUCUUUCAAAACGCUGAAAUUGUAUUACAUCUGUAUUGAAGCUUCCGCUGAAGGUCUAAAAGAUCAGCUGAGGAUGUCAUAAUGUAAUUCUUACCCUUAGGUUCCAAAAUCCAAAUAUUUAAUGCUAUUUUAAAUUUAAUUACAUGCACAAUUGUACU